UUAUUCAACAGCCAAAGGCAAGCAAAGACAGACGGAGUUCUUGCUGCCUUCGCCUCUCUAAUUGCAGGUAGAGCAGAUCUGGGGAGGGGGGGAGCACAGCAGCUGCAGCUGAGGAGAAGCCCCACCGUUGCUGCUACCACCACCACCUCAGAUGCGACGGUCCCAGAGGACAGCAGGACAGAACAGCUGCUAGGGACAAGUGUGUGGAGAACUGGAUCCAAGUUGGAAUUGAGGCUCUGAGCUGCACUGCACACUUAAGAUCCUGGGAACCGCACUGUUUCUGUCUUCUAGGACUCAUGUCUGAACAGGUAGUUGCUGUGGCUGGCGGAGUGGUGGGUGGACUUCUUCUGCUGGUCCUUCUGGGGAUAGCAGCAUACCUUUUUUGGAAGAGUAAACAUCUCAAGGCCUCUUAUGAAGAACUGACUGAUCCUGUCACCCCAGUUUUUCAGGAUCCAGAUGUUGCUCAAUCAACUUCAGUUCCUUCUCAAAAUGCCAGAGCAAAAAGCGUUCCUUUCAUUGUUCCACCCAAAUUUCAUCGACAAGCAUGGACUGAUAUGACAAAUGGAGAACAGGUCCAAGAGGAGAACGACCUCUAUGUUACCCCAGAUUCUGGGCCUCGAUCCUCUUUCCAUUCUUUAGCUGGAGCAUACCUUAUAGGAACCAUUAAUCCAGAGCUCUACCGGUUUCCUGAAGACAAGAGCGAGACAGACUUCCCAGAGGGAAAUAUUGGCCGGCUUUGGUUCUCAGUGGAAUAUGAGAAGGAGUCGGAACGGCUCCUUGUGUCCUUGAUUAAAGCUCGAAAGCUGCAGCCUCCCUCCACUUCCUGCAACCCCUUGGUGAAGAUCUACCUCCUUCCUGAUGAGAGACGUUACUUGCAGUCUAAAACAAAACACAAGAAUCUCAAUCCUCAGUUUGAUGAGAAUUUUGUUUUCCAGAUUUCCAGCAGUGUUUUAUUUCAAAAGACACUGAAGUUCUGCGUCUACCAUGUUGACAAACAGAAGAAGCACAUUCUCCUGGGCCAAGUUAUCUUCCCCCUGAAGAAUGAAACCUUAGCUGAGGAUGGGAAAGUUGUUGUCUGGAGAGAUUUGGAACCAGAUACCCUGGAGCCACCUUCUGAACAUGGCGACCUCCAAUUCUCCCUCAGCUACAACGACUACCUGGCCCGUCUCACGGUGGUGGUGCUGAGAGCUCGAGGUUUAAAACUCCAGAAUGAAAGAAAUGCUCUUGGUGUGUUUGUCAGAGUGUCACUAAUGCACCAUAAUCAGUUCAUCAAAAGCAAAAGGACCACAGCAGUCAUUGGAUCCUCCAAUCCAUUAUACAAUGAGACUUUUAGCUUCAGGGUUGACCAGCUGGACCUUGAUGCAACCAGUCUGAGCUUGUCUGUUCUCCAAGGAGAUGAAACCUCCUCACUGGGCUGUGUGAUUGUUGGGCCCUUCAUGUUCACCCGGGGGAAGGAACUAGAACAUUGGAAUGAGAUGAUCAGUAAACCCAAGGAGCUGGUGAAAAGAUGGCACGCGCUGUCGCUUAGCAGCUGAAAGAUGGAGCACUUUCCUGUUUAACUUACAAGAGAGUUUAACGGUGGGUCCAUCUGAGGUACUUCCUGCUUCUGUUCAUCACAGAAGUUCUGUGACCCAGUGAUCAAAGACAAGGGACAACAUCUCUGAAGAGGCUGGAUCUCAUUCUGAUCUCAUGCUAGUGGAUGAUUUCAAAUCCACUGAACUGCAGUGAGAAGAUUAUGUGAUCCUAAAAAUGAGAAGUACUCAUCAGUCACUGAGAAAUGUGUGCUGGCUGUAUUGCUACAUUUACCAUAACUGACAUUUGAUGUGCUUAACCCCAAAGUUCUGUGAAUUAGUUUGAAUAAUGCAUCCUUAAGUAUAAUCCAGAGCUUAAAUCAAGGGGUUUAAGAGUACCUAUGACAGGGUGAUUUUUUUUUACCCCAAGCAAAUUACUGUUUAUGAAGCUACAACGUUCAAGGGAGUCUUCUAAAAUAAUAAUGCAGCAUUCCUGCUGAAAGCAUGGGCUAUUGAAAUGGAAUAAAUGGCAUAAUGGCUUCAUUUUAGCCAUUUAUUUUAGCCAGUUUGGGGUUAUUAACAGAAUACAACCUUCAAAAUACUUAAGCUGGAAAAUUCAGAUAGCUAAAGGCUGAUGUUUCCAUCACAACUCAGUGGAAGUCUGCUGUCUAAAAUGUUUCCAUAGCUUAUUUAUUGUUCAUCUUGGAAAUACCCCUCUAGACUUGUAGGAUCUCAUACAGGGAUCCAGUGGUUAUUAAUGAAGAACUGAAUAAACUUGCACAACCAGAAUGGUGUAAGUUUCAGAUAGUUGCUUUAGUAAGCAACUUCAUAAAUAUUCAAGCUGUCUCCCUGGUGAAAUAUCCUCUGCUUACUAGCGGCAGUAGAAGAAAUGGAGACUGGUUUCUAUCAUGGAGUUGUCAGAAAAUUCGGUUCUAUUGGCGAAAGAGUAAUAGUUUAAUCCUUUCAAUAGCGAGGAACAAUCACACUCCAUGAGUUAUUUCUCUACCCUCAGCAACAAUUAACUAAUUACUUGCCUCCUAAUCUGGCAAAGAGCUGGCAAGUAAACACAACAAUGGGGAAAUCAAGGAAAACUGAUCUAUGGAACCAGUGCUGUAAUCCCUGUGUUAUUGGAAUUGUUUCCUGCUGCAUGAAGACUUCGCCUAUUUUCGUGCUGGUCUGAAACAGCUAGCUAGGCAAAAUUCUGCAUUAGUAAGGCAAGUGUUUUAGCUACUACAUGAUUCUUGAAGACCAAAUUAUAAACCUGUACAUAAAUACAAAAAUGUUCACAUAGUAGGGUUCCUCCACCCCAAAACCCCACCUUUCUAUCUGAGAUUCAGUCGAGUAAAUUCUACUUGUGAUCCUUUGCUAUGUUCACAAAUAACAUGUACAUUAUUUAAACAAACUUAGGAAAACAAAUCAAAUGAUUUCAGAAACUCUUCUGAGAGUCAACUCGUGAUCUUUUGCAGCUAUUAAUUUAUUCCUUAGCUCAACAUCUCUUGAGCAAAGGGGAAAAAAAAAAAAUCAGGAAAUUAGUUGAAACAGGAACAGCUUUUCUCCAGAACAGGAUACAGUAUUAAUGAGUCCAGUGCUGUUUUGCAAAAGCACAGGAUUUUACUCUUUACUGCAUUUAUGGUUAAAGGAGUUCUGGUAAAGUGCCAUGUCCUUCACUGAGUGGAAAACAAAGACUUUACACAUUGUGCUGAAAUAACGCCAUUUGUUUCAUUUGGGCUUAGCUCACAGUGGGAAUCUAGGCACUGUGGUCUGUAGACGACGCUGUAGUGUUCAUGCCCCUAUGAUUAGAGAUGAGCUUGUAAAUGCUGAUUGGCAGAUAAUCCAAAUGUGUCAAUGCACAUCAACACACCAUUGUGGCUAAUGCUGGAAGAGUACCAUCUCUUUUAUUGUAGGGUGGGGCACAUGGUUGCAAACCUUCUUUGCCCAGGAUCACCACAGUGCUGGCAGCCGUAACGUGGUUUCAGCUCGUGAAAACUCCUAUGUUUUGUAAACCACGCUUAGAGUGAUGUGUGAAUCCAGCUGAUUAUGCUUUUCUUAACAAACCGUGAUCGAGCAAAUGCAGACUGAGCAUCACGUCUGAACCCACCACCGUGCUGUGUUCUGUGUUGGCUGCUAUUUUGCAAAAGAACAUGUAUUUGGUAUCACUUGAAAUGUCUUGGAGUCAUAUAAUGUGUAUUUUUGAUGGUCUGUCAUGUAUUGUAUUUUGUUAAAAUAAAUAUUGCAAAGCCUGAGAAACAAGGCAUUUCUCCUGUCCCUCUCAAGUGGGCGCUGU